AUGCCCACACCUGAGAUUGUGAACAAACAAAUACAAAUAUGUCCUCCUUCCGAGUACGUUUUCAGCCAGUGGAAUCCGACCAACGCUCGUCGAAGACCUAAAAGCAAACUUGGAUGUCGCCAAUGCAAAGAAAAGCGGGUCAAAUGUGACGAGACCUACCCAACGUGCUUGCGCUGCGCCCGUCGAGGGUCAAUAUGCUCGUCGACGCCUCGUGUAACACAGUGGCAAGUUGAGACUCGGUGGUAUUCGUCGCACGUGGAUACUAUCGUGAAUCGCCGACUCCUCCAGUACUGGCUAGAACGCGUAAGCCAGACACUGGUGAUUGACCCCGAGAACAAUCCGUUCUCAUAUCCCGUCCUGGAAUACAUCCAGGAGUCGCCGGCACUGGUGCAUAUCAUACAGUCCGUUAGUGCACGCCAUGAACAAUACUACUCCGCCCAAGUGGCAAGAAUUGCCCUCGAGGAGAGGGGGAAAGCACUAAUGUCGUUCCGGACGGAGCUGGGGGCUCUCAAGACACGGCCACUACUGUCUAUACUUACUGCGUUGUUGCUGGGAUUAUCGCAUGGAGCCGAUCACGACAUGACCGAUUUUGGGAAAUGGCAUCUAUUUGCCGCACGGAUGUUGGUGGACCAGGUAGUUCAGGAUGAGGCCCAUCCAUGGGACACGGAUCCAUUGUCUCGACUUUGUCUCGGCGUGUAUCUCUACUGGGAUAUGGGCUGCUCAUACCUCGUGCAUCCAAACGAACAACAGGAGCUAGACACACCGAGUAUAUCAAUGGCCGUAGAAAAACUAGGUCAAUGGCAUCAUCCCAUGUAUGGGUUUUGCACAGAGCUCAUUUUCAUGCUCGGGAACCUGGGCCGAUACUGUCGGCAGGUGCUUCAUUCGCAGUGUCGAUCUCUUGCCCGAGAAGUACAGUUAGAAAAGGACCUCUACAUGUGGACUGUACCAUCCACACACCCUACACUGAUGCUACUAUAUGAGUCUCUACGAAAGCACGGACUGAUCUUACUUUACAGGGUCUGUGGGUGGAAUGGUUCUCCUGUUAACCGGUCUUUUGAGGAUUUCGACCUAGAGUCUCUAAUUUACCAUUAUGCGUUGGAAACAAUAGCUCAUCUUCUACACAUUCCACUCUCCUCGAAUUACCUGAAUUUCCAGUCUGUCCCACUUCUUACUGCUGGGUCGGAACUGAAGAGAGAGGAUGUCGAUUUGAGGGACGAUGUUCGGCACAGACUUCGAGCCUUGUAUUCCAUGAACCGACUACCUGUGAAUGUUCACGCUCUCGAGCUUCUUGAAGAGAUUUGGACUGCUCGCGAUAACAGUGGUGAUACAUCCUCUUGGAUCCAUCAUAUGCUUCGCAAAGGGUGGUUGUUGGCCCUUGGCUAA